GUAGAAAAUGGAUUUCAAACGCGCUGCCCGGAACGGGAACCCGCGCGGACCGUGAUUGCAGGAACGCUAUAAAAGGGGCGCGCGGGAGCUGCGUCUCUUUAUUUUCCUCCUUCCAGCAGUCCGGCCGCGGCGCGUGCCACCUCCGGCUCUAUAAAAGCGGAACCGCUCCGUUCCUGUGUGUGCACGCGCCUGUGUGGAUGUGUGCGUUCAGUUAGCGAGUGGACCGACCGACCGACCGGCAGAACCGCGAAACCAGGCCAGCGCGAGCUCAGGGUAGGGAAGGCUCAGCUAGCAGCAGCAGCCGAACGGUGACUCCUCCGAACCAGAGAUGGUCACGUCCGCAGUGGGGGUUCUCCUGCUGCUAACAUGGCUCCAGCACUGCGGUAACGUCCGAGCUACGAAGACGGAGUGUGAAGCCAAUCAGUUCCAGUGUGGAAACGGUCGCUGCAUCCCGUCGGUGUGGCAGUGUGACGGAGACGAAGACUGCGCAGACGGUAGCGAUGAGGGCUCAUGUGUAAAAAAGACGUGUGCUGAGGUGGACUUUGUGUGCCGCAGCGGUCAGUGCGUCCCGAAGCGAUGGCACUGUGACGGCGAGCCAGACUGCGAGGACGGUUCUGAUGAAAGCGUAGAAAUCUGCCGUCCGGUACGUGCCGGUCUGUCAGCUACCAGAGCUGCUGUUCACCAGCUGUCGCCUACAACUCGCGUCCCUUCAACUAUUACAGGUAACGUCACCUGCGCUCCCAACGAGUUCACCUGUGAGAGCGGCCGCUGCAUCUCCAGGAACUUCGUGUGCAACAGCGAGGACGACUGCGGCGACGGCUCCGAUGAGGUGGAGUGCGCUCCGUCCUCCUGUGCUCCCAGCGAGUUCCAGUGCGGGAACUCGACCUGCAUCCCGUCCAGCUGGGUGUGCGACGAUGACGUGGACUGCCAGGACCAGUCUGAUGAGGACCCGACGCGCUGCGGGCGCCACCCGACGCCGCCGGCCAAGUGCUCGCCCAGCGAAAUGCAGUGCGGCUCAGGAGAAUGCAUCCACAAAAAGUGGAGAUGUGACGGCGACCCCGACUGCAAGGACGGCAGCGACGAGUCCAACUGCCCCGUGCGCAGCUGUGGGCCGGAUCAGUUCAGGUGUGACGAUGGAAGCUGCAUCCUGGGAAGCCGGCAGUGUAACGGCAUCAGAGACUGCGCCGACGCGUCGGAUGAAGCCAGCUGCAAAAACUUGACUCAGUGCAACGGCCCGGAGAAGUUCAAGUGUCGCAGCGGGGAGUGCAUCGAGAUGAGCAAGGUGUGCAACAAGAACAGGGACUGUCCGGACUGGAGCGACGAGCCCAUCAAGGAGUGCAAUGUCAACGAGUGUCUCCUGAACAACGGCGGCUGCUCCCACAUCUGCAAAGACAUGGUGAUCGGCUUCGAAUGCGACUGCACGCCUGGACUCCAGCUCAUCGACCACAAGACCUGCGGAGACAUCAAUGAGUGCAUGAACCCAGGGAUCUGCAGUCAGAUCUGCAUCAACCUGAAGGGAGGCUAUAAGUGUGAAUGUCACAACGGAUACCAGAUGGAUCCGACCACCGGCGUCUGCAAGGCCGUUGGUAAGGAGCCGUGUCUGAUCUUCACCAACCGUCGGGACAUCCGCCGUCUGGGUCUGGAGAGGAAGGAGUACACUCAGAUUGUAGAGCAGCAGAGAAACGCUGCGGCUUUGGACGCAGACUUCAACCAGCAGACCAUUUUCUGGGCUGAUCUGGGUCAGAAGGCCAUUUACAGUACCGUCCUGGACAAGCGAGGAGACGUUGGAAUCCACAGGAAAGUGAUCGAUAACGUCCAAACUCCUCUGGGGAUCGCUGUGGACUGGAUUUAUAAGAACCUGUACUGGUCCGAUCUGGGCACCAAAACCAUUUCUGUGGCAAACUUCAAUGGAACAAAGCGGAAAGUUCUCUUCAACAGCGGCCUCAAAGAACCCGCUUCAGUGGCCGUGGAUCCUCUGUCUGGGUUCAUGUACUGGUCUGACUGGGGGGAGCCCGCCAAGAUAGAAAAGUCCGGUCUGAACGGAGUGAACCGGCAGGUUCUGGUGGCAACGGACAUCCAGUGGCCGAACGGGAUCACGCUUGAUCUGAUCAAAGGCCGGCUGUACUGGGUCGACUCCAAGCUGCACAUGCUCUGUAGUGUAGACCUGAACGGGGACAACCGGAACAAGGUGCUGCAGUCUGCAGACUACCUGGCUCACCCCUUUGCCCUCACAGUCUUUGAGGAUCGAGUUUUCUGGACAGACGGUGAAAACAAAGCGAUCUACGGCGCCAACAAGUUCUCUGGUUCUGACGUAACGACGCUCGCCAGCAAUCUGAACGACCCUCAGGACGUCAUCGUGUACCAUGAGCUGAUCCAGCUGUCGGGAACCAACUGGUGCUCAGAGAAAGGGGAGAACGGAGGCUGCAGCUACAUGUGUCUCCCUGCUCCGCAGAUCAACAAACACUCCCCCAAAUACAGCUGUGUGUGUCCUGAAGGCCAGGAGCUGGCUGCCGACGGCCAGCGCUGCAGACCCGAGUCUUCCUCCAAAGGUCCCUCAGAGGAUGGUAGCAAAGCGCUAACGCAGCCGCCUAAAGAAGCAAACAUCAGCUCGUCCAUCCAGGUGGACUCCACAGCCAGAGGCUCUGCUGCAGCCUGGGCCAUCCUGCCUGUCUUGCUGCUGGCCAUGGCCGGGGCGGGCGCCUACCUGAUGUGGAGGAACUGGCAGCUGAAAAACCAUAAGAGCAUGAACUUCGACAACCCAGUCUACCUUAAAACCACAGAAGAAGACCUAAACAUUGACAUCACUCGCCACGGCGCCAACGUAGGCCACACCUACCCAGCGAUUUCUAUCGUCAGCACAGAAGACGAUUUAUCCUGAUUCUCGGACUUCUUCGUUCUCGCGGAAACCUGCUCAGUUACAUGGCUGCCUCCUUGUUACCAUGCCAACGGGUUUCCGUAGCAGCAGCCCUUACAGUUGAACCACAUGCCUUCAGAAGUGCAUUAAGUCCUGAUCUGUGGUGAAGAGGAAAUGUUAUUUAUUAUGUGAAUACUUCCAUGUUGGCUUCACAGCCGUUCUGAAUUUAUUUAUGGAUUGUUUUUUUUUGUUCUGGUUUGGUCUCUGCUCAGCCGUUCUUUCUGGGUUCAGCCGAGGCUGAAACUUUAUCAAACGGUUUCCUGGAUCUGACUGGAACCAGGAUCCCGGUUCUCAGGUCUUAACGGGGAACAUGUUUGGAGACGACGCAGAGGGCGAAUAUUUACCCGGUUCUGAAGCAAACGUUGGGGCCUCUUUUUAUCGCUCUCUUCUUGCACAUUCGGAUUACUAUUGCUGACGUCGCCAUGGUUACAGCGUUUGUAAACAGUGUAAAUAUGUUUCCUCCCUCAGAGACGUGACUGUAAAUCAGGACACGGUUUGAUGCACUUUGAUCAAAGUUCUCUCUGUAAAUCAGAUUGUAUAAACGGACUUUGUUUAUGGCUGGAGACCUCAGAGCUCCGGCUUAUUUCAGAACGGAAGGAAAAAAAUGGCUGAAUUUGGUAAAUGACUAUUUUGUAUGUUUGUGCUGUUGCUGUGAACUUUUUAUAGCCUUGUACAGUGAAGGAGAAAAUAAUGAAACUGCAUCUGGAAAUGAUCUGAUUCCUAAAGUAAUUUUGAAUUAAAACUAAA